GAGCAGCGAGCACGACGAGUUUUUUUGUCAGAGGAAUACGCCGUUGAGGGCGUUCUAUAAUAUUGACUACCGUCUGUGUGUCAAGGGAAAAAUAAUGGUCGCCGCGCGUAGUGUGGCAUGGCGGUACUUGGUGGAUGGUGUGGUCAACUCGCAGUGUUUUUGCCGACAAACUCACCGAACUUCCUGCAAGUUGUAAAGUCGCAGGGUGCAACUAUACCAUGAGAGACGGUGUGAGCCUUCGCAAGUUUCCAUCUGAUGUAAAAUCUCGACUCAAGUCGUGUUCAGGACCCUCGUAUCGUAUCACGGGACACGGUUGGUUUGCACAUAAAGCAAAUGGUUUGCACUGUAAAGUACUGUAGAAUGGAGGUAGAAAUCACUAGAAAUGAACCACAUCAGUGACAUUGUUUUCAUUCGGCGUCUGGGCUCUUCAAUAAGUUCGACUCGAAAAUCAAACCAAAUGCUUUUAUAUGUUUGGCAUAAUUAAAAAAAAUGCUACGUUCCAACUUUAUUCACUGACAAAGCUUUAUAAAUUAAAGAAGGCUGAAAAACGCUGCGAGAGACAGAGAGUGGUAUUUUGUUAUUUACUUAUCAGGUCAAGUCACGGCCGGGUAAUUACCUUAUUACAUUUUAAAAUAUCUGCCAAUGCCAGUCGGACUUCAUGUAGUGUAGAACUAGCUGAAGAAGUGCGUAGUGUAGACGGUGUCAGUCUCAAUAUUUGUCAAUCGACUAGGUCAACUUUCAUUUUCAGUAAACAACUGCAGACCUGACAAAAGGUACACUUUCUAAAUUCUCUCUACGCGGUUAUUAUUUCAGUCACUGGUACUCCUCCCCCAUCAAUCAGCCUAUAUUGAGGUUUGUUCCGCGACAAGUUACAGUAGGUUGACUGGCGAUGUUUUUUGAUAACGGCAACGCUUGAUAUCGCAACGCCAUUUACUGUCCGCAAGAACACAAAUUAUUGGAGAACUGAUACAUAUGAUAAGUAUCACACAAACAGCUCACUGUAUGUAUAUGGUUUGGUACUUCAACUUAGCAUUGUUCUAUGAACUUAGUAAGUGCGUCAUUUCAUCAUAUUUAUAUUUCAGUAUGGCGAACGCAAAAUGGUGCCUCAUUUGUGAUCGGCAAAUUAAAGCCACAAAAUACAUGUCACUAGAUUUCGCUAGUGCAACACUGAAGAGAGAACCUGCAUUCCUGGAUUUUUUAGGUGACAUGGUUGGCGAUGAAAUUGAUAUUUUUGCACCCCACAUGAGUCAAUAUAUGUGCGGUACAUGCCAUUUGAUGGUAAUGAAGUGCAUCAAUGUAAAGACGCUGCAAGAGACCAUCCGCUACAAGUUCCACAAAACAACAGCCAAGCACAUCUUGUCAACAAGCUCAGAAACACUAUUAAACACAGCCCUAUUAAUACCACCACCAUGUAAUCCACCAGAGGUAGAUCUACUUCGAGCAAAAGUGGCUCAAAGGAAGGCUUUGGAGUCUCCUAGAACACCCUUGCCCCGCAAGGAUGAUCAACAAGACGAUGGACAGUCAGUGGAAUCCUUCAACGUGAAGAUUGAGAAUUCCGUCAGCCAUGAAACAGAUGAUCAACAAGACGCUGGACAGUCAGUGGAAUCCUUCAACGUGAAGAUUGAGAAUUCCGUCAGCCAUGAAACAGAUGAUCAACAAGCUGAUGGACAGUCAGUGGAAUCCUUUAACGUGAAGAUUGAGAAUUCCGUCAGCCAUGAAACAGAUGAUCAACAAGACGCUGGACAGUCAGUGGAAUCCUUCAACGUGAAGAUUGAGAAUUCCGUCAGCCAUGAAACAGAUGAUCAACAAGCUGAUGGACAGUCAGUGGAAUCCUUUAACGUGAAGAUUGAGAAUUCCGUCAGCCAUGAAACAGAUGAUCAACAAGACAGUGGAAAGUCAGUGGAAUCCUUCAACGUGAAGAUUGAGAAUUCAGUCAGCCAUGAAACAGAUGAUCAACAACACAGUGGAAAGUCAGUGGAAUCCUUCAAUGUGAAAAUUGAGAAUUCAGUCAGCCAUGAAACACAUGAGGGUCGACCCAAGACAGUCAAGAAAGAUAAAUGUGCGGCGUUUGGAUGUACACAUAAGAAGAGCAAAUCUCGCUGUGCCUUCUACAGCUUCCCAAGAUACUCCAAAGCAAACAAGAAGUGGAUCAAAGCUUCAAGAUGCAACCUCUCCAAAGAUGGCUUUACAAAGAAGAAGAAUUUUUCAAGUCGAAAUUUGAGACUUUGCGAGUGUCAUUUCGCUAGGGUACCUUAUCCCAGAUCGUCAAGCCAACGGUUGAAAAAUAUUGCGCCCACUUUGUUUAACUUUCUCGCCGCUGACUUUAAAGCUAGCAGUAAGCCUGUGAAGAGAGUGAAGAGAAUUCCCAUCAUGUCUGCAAAGCCCCUGGAGAAACCAACUUCCCCAGAGAAUAACUGUCGACCUAGCUUUUAUCAACAAAUGAAACAUUUUCUGUCGAAGGAAGCCUACGAUGCAGUUGACUCAUGCGCCCCAAGUUUUUGGAAGACUUAUCACCAGCUUGAAAAAGAAGUGAUGACGCUUAAAGCAACGUGCAAUUCCACCACGGUGUUGUCACUUCAGAACAUCAAAUGUAAUGACAGGGUCUUUGAAACAUACACCGGCCUCCCCAACUACGCAACUUUUGAAGUUCUCUGCGGAUAUAUGGCUAUGAAUGCUUCAUGUCUUUGGCGCUUCAAAGCUUUACCAUUUGGGGAGUUAACAGUCAUUGACACAAACAAUGUUAAUCGACAAACCUUGACAAUAGAGGACCAGUUGUUCUUGUUCCUGGUCGCGGUCAGAACUGGUAGUUCCAGCAAGGAUCUCGCCAUUCGAUUCAGCAUCAGCGAGCGCUUGGUCAAUAACAUCAUUUCAUCAUGGGCCGUCUUUGUAAGUGACACCCUGGAGAAGUUCUACAACACAACGGUAACUAAAAAGGCAAAGUUCAACGUUGCGGUGGAUUACACAGCUCUGUUUAGUGAAUCUCCAGCGUUGUUGACCACUCAGCAGAAUGAAACAACUAUUAACCGACGAUUAAUAGCAGUUGGCUUCAGCAGAUAUGGCGUAGUGACAAGCGUACUCAGCACUAAGAGAGGGCAUGCUUUAGCAAGAGUUUCAACAACCCACAACGAGGGCACAGACAGUGCCUCAAAGCAACCCUCCUCAUUAGGGCCUGUCAAGCAUGAGCAAGGGACUAAAAUCUUGCCAAGCUCGUCACAGCCAGGGGAUGUCUCUUCUCUUGUCAUCACAGAGGACUUGAGUAAGAGUCACAUGACACCCAUGUCCACUGCUGAAGUGUUCCAUGUGGAGCGAGCUCUGAAUAGAAUCAAGCAGUUCCAUUACUUACAGAAGCAAGUGGAACCAUCGAUGGAGGACAUGUAUGAGCAAGUGUUUAAGGCUUGUGCAUUUCUUGUUAACUUCCAGAGUGUUUCAUAAAGCGCACAUGUACAUGUAGCACAAUGACAAUUAUCAGAACUACCAUUAUAUUGGCAAUGUUAAUUACAUCUGGAUAGUUGCAGGUUCAAGUCCAGCUCUAGUCAAUUUUUCUUUGUUCAAACCAAAGUUAUUUAAGAGUUUACCAAGUCAGUGUCCCUUGUGGUUUACAACUGUAUAAUUUGAAAUUUAAUGUUGCAUCCUCUUGAUGUGGUGCCUCUGUUUCCACUUCAAAGGUUGUAUCGUAAACUUGAGUAUGAUCCUAGACUAAACGGCAGUUACAGGCUGAAUGGCUUCUGACUAGCACCAACCUCGUUCCAAGGCCGUGCCUUUUUUUUCUCAGCAUGCCUUGCUCGAUCAUAACCCCUGGAAGUGUGACCUGAAAAUAUCCAGAUAUAUUGGAUGUUACAAUUAGUCCUGUGGUUGAUACAUGUAUGCUCUGUGGGCGUUUGUCGCUCACAUGCUGGAUGCGCUGUGUGGAAAGUUGUACAAUACAUACAGUGUAUGUAUGUAAUAUUAGUCAUAAACUUCAGGCGGUCAGUGUUGCGUGUCAAAAAAGGGGAAUACAUACGCACGUGUUUCGACAUAUAGAGCUUUUUGAAGACACAUGGCGUUUCAUAUUUUGCGCGUAUAUAAUGGCCAAUCAAAAACAUGGAUCUGAGUUUCCCUCCCAGGGGUUUGAGACGUCACAGAGCUAGCGGGUGAUACGGCUCGCUGUCCAUGGUAGCGAGGUUGGACUAGCACCCACAAGCAAACAUACAUACAUGUUUUAUUGACAAAAUAGGGAGACCACCAUCAUAGGGCUGGAUAGCUCAGUUGGAAGAGCAUGUUUAAAUUCUGCUCUAGUCAAAUUGUCUUACUCUUUAUUCAACUCAAAACUAUGUACCAUUAAUGAUUAUUUUCAACGAUGAGGGCCUGAAGCAAUUCAUGUUCAUGAGUUUGUACCGGUAACUGCAGUUUGGAGAGGCACACUUUAUAUCCAGUUCUAAUUUACUCAGGUGUGCUAUAACAAAGAGUACAUUCAAAAAGGUCACUUUUAAAAAGUGUAUUGACCCCUUGCAGUGUGUGCCUUGAACCCUCACAUGCGCCUAUCCUGCGCCCUAUUUGGGACUCCCAAUUUACAGAGGAUGCAAGGAGUCGACUGUUAAUUAGAGGCACUGGACACAUACAUUAAAGGGUCUGUGUACUUAGGUCCACAGAUUUACAUUAAACCUACAGAGUUUG